AGUUUAAAAAGUUUCAAUAUUAGUUUACGAUUAUGGUAGUAAGCAAAGUUUACCUUUUCCAACUCGCUCUAAUUAAAAUCAAGUUUAUAAUGAACCAUCUUUUUUUUCCUAGAGUGAGAAGAGAACGUGAAAAUCAUUUCAAACAAAGCUGGGAGAACCAAACACCAGACUCCUACAAACUAAGAGACGAAGACAUCACUGAAUUUGUAAAAAUCGUUCUCGAACCGACGUUACAAGCGGUAUACAGUCGCAGCGGCGCACUUGACAUUUCCAUCGCAUUACAGAACUUAGCGACUCUCAGACCGGCUAUUGUGGUCCCGCCCUUACUGGAAAAAUUGAAAACAUCUUUAACUUCACUAACUGAACCCCAUAGAGUGACUGCAGCUAUGUCUGCAGUGGCAGCCGUAGCAAGACCAAUGCUACGUGGAGCCGAUGCCGAUUAUCCCGAGGGUCCAACACACGUCGUUCCCUUCCUCUUAGCCGUCCUCCCAGGAUUAGAUCCAAACGACAUCAAGAAAACUAUAGUGACUCUGCAUUUCAUACUGAUAUUUACUUGGAUGGUGCCAUAUAUCGAUUGUAGCUCAGCACACGAGCACUGGCCCGAUUUGACCGAAGAGGAGCUUCUAACGUGCGAGUCUACCGCACAAUUCGAGGAUUUCGUUCUAGUAUUCCUGGACAGGUUAUUCGUUAUCAUCGAAUCUAGCACUUUAGAACACGUGCGCCUCGAUACGAAGGAAUCCGAUGCGCUGAGAAGUAAAACGGACGCGGUGAUAGAGACUGCGAUAUCGUCAGCGGCGACCGCUGUGCUGAUGCAGUGUUCGCCGAAAAUAUUCAAAGAGGCUUUGAGGAAGUUCAAGGCGUUCGCGACCGAAUCGACAUUCGAGACCAACGUUUCGGGCAGUAUGGUCGGGGUGUUACUACGCGUUUUCGCCCGCAUUGAUUCCCAAAGUACUCUUGCCGCGUUUUUGCCUAAGCUUUGCGAGGAUUUGAACGAGUCUUUGGCUACGGAUGAAGCUCUUCACGAGGAGAAUCCACCCAGAGACCUUUUGUACAGACUCGUCUUGAUGAUGCAUGUGGUCGAAUGCGACGGCGUCGAACUAUUGAAGUAUGUGCCGGACAUACUGCCGAUAUUGGAUAGAGCUUUGAAAUUGCACGCGAACUACGCUUUAUCGCGCGCCUGCGAAAUCCUGAGUCACAUGCUCACGUCGUUGUGUAGCGUGGAUUUGAAGGAAUGGCGCAGUUCGCCAAACGAUUACGGAGCCGCUCCUGAGAAAUGGUUGCCGAUUCGCGAAUGGGGCCGCGGUUGUCUAUUGAAAGACGCGGACUUCAAAUGGCACGUGCCGUGUGCGGAGGAAGCGGAAUGUGCUCAGAUGCUCGUAGACCGAUAUCUGAAGCCUGAAGUGUUGAGACUGCAGCAGUGGUUGAACGGUGAACGAUCUAUGUGCCGGGAGCGGAAAUUACGCAGCUUCUACAUAAUGAACGCUGUGCUAGCGUGCAGCACUUUCCUACCGCAGCCCGAUGAAGAGCCCGUUGCAUUAAUGGAGUCACAAGUGCCGGCCACCAGUUUACCGUUCACCAAUGGCGUCAAAUACCAAGUGACACUCGACGGAGAGAAUAUGAGGACAGCACUCACUCGUUUGCUACUACUAGUACAAGAAAGAAUGCUUACCGACAAAGCGGACGACACACGAGGUUUCGAAAUGUUAAUACAGGUUUGGGAGCGCGUGGUAGUAAUGAAAGGCAUGAGAUCGGGGCCCGGUUUGGAGGCACGUCUACGCUCAUUCGGCGCCCUAGAGCGUGCUUUAGACGGGCGGGGCGGAGUCGCCGGCGACACUCAUGGCGCCGCCAGACUUCGCAUGUUAUUAGCAGACGGAGCGCGGCUCCAAGACGAAGCCAGAUUGGACCUAGUAUGCGACGCUGGUAUCACUCCGUCUGCUUUGAAAGCACUGAAUGCACUCUACGAGCUGUCCAUCAACACUUAUAGCACGGUCCGCAUUCUGGCUCAAGUCCGUCUGUACUGGAUGCUAUGCCACUAUCCUUACUCUUACCGAGCUCUGGUUCCGAAACUGACGGAACUACUCAAGAAAGGGGGCGAAGGAGAUGAGUGGCACGCUCGUCAUAAGGGGGCUUUAUACAUGAUGUUGGGGCCCAGAUCUGGUCCGCUUACAGCCAAACAAGAUUGGGAGGUAGUAAGAACUCUAUGGCCUGCGAUGCUGAGGGCACCGUUAAGUGAAAAACCUAGUAUUUUAAGAUUGGAACAGGCGUUCAGUGAAUCAUUGCACAGACACUUCCCGACGGUGAACACACGUCUCACGUUACACCAGGCGGCUAUAGAUGCCGCAUCUUAUUUCAUCAACGAGAAGCAUCUCGCUGACCCGCGCUUUGCUCAGCAACUUGCCAAUGCUACGGUAUACGAAAAGACCAACUCUGAUAGAACUGAAAAGCUAUAUAAAGAACUUAUUGGAGAGUUGGUCGAUAUCGCUGAGACGCCAAAUAUACAAUGGAGACGUUUAGAACUGGCGAUGCAAAUGCUCACAUUCUGUCCUUCGGUUCAAACCCCGUACCCGGCUAGAGCUGUAAAGUUGAUAGUGAAAUCUCUACUCCACGAUGAUAUUGCGGUGCGGCGUACAGCACAGCGGCUUACACAUUACGUCCUGAAGCAAAGGAAGAGGCCCUUUAAGAAGAUAAAAGUGGAUCCGUACGAUAUAGCCGGCGUUCCUCGUCCAGAAAACCAUGUACCAGGAUACAGGCAAGAUUUAUUGUGGGCGAUGUAUUCUAACCAAGUGCCCGCUACUGAUGAAGAAUGGGAUCGGCCUUGGUUGCGAAACUCUACUUACGGGUUCUAUGCUUGGCCCGAGAAACUUGUGGUAGCGGCGCCCAUCAAAGAACAACUCCAGUCUUCAGACCUUCGUCCUGAAGAGAUGGAGGAAGGCGAACGGUACUUGUACGAGUUCUUCAACGACCAAGCUAACGUAGACAAACUGGUAGCUUUCCUCACAGUCGAAGAGAAGAAGGGCAAAGAUAAAUUCAGUGGCAUCCGCUUCUCUGUAUUCAGGAUGUUAUUCGCUCAGUUCGGCGAGAACAUAGCGUCGAAAUAUAUAGAGCACGCGCUUCGUUGCGCGGCGGACACUCAGGAGGCGCCGCAACGUUUCGCGGCGGAAGUCGCAGCGGCCGCUAUAAGGGCGCCUCGGUAUUGGCCACGUCGUUCAGCACUAAAUAUGUACGAAUUAGCGAUGAAGAUCGUCACUACUGGGCUGACGACCGUCACACCAGAGACAAUGGAAGACUGGGGCACCUGCCUGGCCACUGGUGUGGAGAAAUUGGAACCAAAUAGAGCCGCUACGUUAUUAAACAGUCUUCUGGAUUUGUGCGCGCCCACCGUAAACCCUGAAACGCAUCCCGAUAGAGACGUGUCGUUUAUAGUGUGUGCAAGGCUUUACGCGUUACAGGGAGCGCUAGGUUCAUUGAAUUGGCGAACAGCAUCGCUAGCAGAAGAGCUGCUCAAACGAUUAGAAGCUGCUAACUUUACCAAUCACCCGUACCAAAACGUCCGAGAGACAGUCGGAAGCAUUCUAAUGACUAUCUUCGACACCGAGCUGGUGUUCCCGGGAGGGGAGAACAAAUGGUCCCCAAGACUAGAAAACUUCCUCGACUCAUUGCAACCGAGGCUCUCGGCACUUUACGACGCUCAAGGAAACAUCGUGGUUAAAUCAGCGUCGAUGUCUGGCGGACAAUGCGGGGGCGAAGUCCCGUCGUGUCCGGAGCCCGAGGUGAGUCCUCCGCUGGAGCACGUGAGCGCAGUCGCCGUGGAAGUCGCCAGUCUAACAUCGGAGUCACCUAUCACUGAACAUAACGUUCAGACAGCAGAGGUUGGCGGUGAUAUACAAAAAUUAGUUCGUGGAGAUCGUUUGGAGAAACAGCUGUCCUCACGUCUGGAGACGGCGUUACGACUCGGAGGCGAUGUACCAGUGGCCGGACCUGAGGAACACGCAGCCGCCGUCAAUCUACUCACUACAGUACUGCGCGGCUGCAUGGGCGUGAUAGUCCGCGGCGUGUACGGCACCGUGCGCACGCAGCACGCGCUGAUCGGCGCCGCGUGCGGAGUGGCCGCGCGCGGGCCGCUGCAGCCCAACGACGAGAUGCCGCGCGCCGCCGCCGGCUUCCUGGCGGGACUGGCGCUCGCUUACCACUCGCCCGCGGCGUUCGACCACGCCCUAGACAAACUGGAGGUGCACGUCACAGGACAUUCUUGGUGGGCGCGGUUAGCGUGCGUAGAAUUCGCGCAACCGCUACUAUUCUAUGGGCUCCCGUUACUAUGCGAACAACCUGAACGAGCCGUGCGGGCUGAAAUAUUCGCCCUGAACCUAAUGAGAGAUCCACGACUUGAAGUACGCCAAGCCGCUGCUAAGUUAUUGACCGGGUUAAUGCACUGCCGAGCGUUAAAGGAUGAGGAAACAACGCUCCGUGGGUUGAUGAAGAGUUGUCGCUCUAAGCAGCUAGUAGAGAGGCAUUGUGGCGUGUUAGGAUUAUGCGGGUACAUGGCCUCGAGGCCUUACAGUCUAGGCCCUCGUCUGGGAGAUGUACUCGCUGAGUUAUCGCGGCACACCAGCGCUCCAGAUCCAAUACCAGAAACAAUCCGCAUGGCGCUCGCCGAUUUCCGUCGAACACAUCAAGAUGAUUGGCCUAAACAUCGUGACCAACUAACCGAAGAAGAACUCGACCUUUUGGCAGACCUCACCUCCCCUCCGUCGUAUUGCGCGUAAAUAGUCUUAUGUCCUUUGGUGCAUUGGCGCAAACGUAUACGAGACUGGUUUAUCUAUUAAGUUAGAUAGAAAAUAACCGUCCGUCUGGACUCAAAUUUCAAAUUAAUCGGUUUAUUUUUAUAACGUCAUAUUUUACUUGUUAUAUUUAUAGUUGAAAUUCUAUUAGGAUUUUGGGAUUUUGAUGUGUUCUGAUUGAGAAUUACAUUUUUUGUUUUGCUACAUUUUCAGUUUUAGAUGCUAAUUGUAAUUGCUCUAUUUGGACAGCAGGCGUUUUUAAUUAAAUAAAAAAAAAUAGUAUAAUACCAGAUAGAAUUAAAAACUCGAUGAAAAAAAUAGCACAAUAAAAAAAAAACAAAAACUGAUGCUGUUAACUUAUUCUUUCUGUUCUAAGAAAAUCUGACUUUUUUUAAAUAUAAUAUACAUAGGACGAUGAUGUACAAUGUAGAUCUAUUUAGUGUGGGACUCUAAUAUCUAGUGUGGAGAUGCUACUCGACUCUUUCUUAUUAUAUGAUAUACUAGGUCACGUCAUUGGUACAUCCAAUCUUACUACUUAAUCGAAUACCCUUCUAUUCUUAAUGAUUGCAUGUAAACCGAACUUUAUUUUCAUCUUACAAAGCUUCUCACGUUUCACAUUUUGACUCCCAUAAGCAGGUGUAGGAUUUUUACGGGUUUUUAUAUCAUCACACUUGCUAAGGGUAAUUUCUAGUAAUUAUAAGAAAUAUAACUAACAUAAUGGAUCAUGGUGGAAUCAAAUUUUGAUUUUGUAUACUAACACAUACUGUACCAAAAGAAUUUAAUAAAAUUAUCCCGUAUACUAAUAAAAUGUAAUCUUUAUAUAAACUACUUCAAAAUAUUAUUUUUCAUGAAACUUAUUUUGAUUUCGAUAUGUACCUGUGCAAUUUUAGAUUGUUUCCUUAUUUUUAUUUCACAUCAUUCUAGUUUAGGAUCAUGUUUCCAGGUCUGUCCACAGACUAGAUUCUUACAUGUAUAUAUUGUUUAAAUAUUGUCAUUGUUUUAAAUAAAUGUAUAAAUAAUAAUUACCGUGCUUUCAUUUUUACUUUAAACAAACAAUUUACAACACACAAUUUUCUUACUUAAUUGUAGUUUUAAAA